UUUAUAUCCGCUCUUGCCUGAUCACCAUCAUCACUUCCUACUCUCACUCUAUCCUAAUCAUGGCUGCUGCAACACAAGCCAGCAUUGCCACUUCGGCUGUUGUGUUCGCUGGUGGUUUGGCUGUUGGUAUCGGUGGGGCUUUAGCACUCUCUCGUGGCGCUUUUGCUCCUUCCACCAAGCCAAACAGAAAGACUGGCGAAAAAGCUAGAAAGGGAUUGAACUUACCAAACGGUCAAGCUGUAACCGCAAAAGAUGUUCCUGCUUCUGAGGUACUCGAUGGCGUUGACCAAAAAGGUGCAGGACCUGUUGGUGCUCAACCAAAUGGGAUCGUGAAACCCGUCAUUGCAAACAGCAAGACAAAUAAACCCGCUCCCGUUCUAUCAAUCACCGGUAAGGAAUUGUAUCCUGAACCAUCGAACAAGAACCGUGUAAGCGAUUUGGAAACUCGAAUGAACCCAACCGAAGCCAAACGUGAGAAUGCUGCCGCUUCUGAACAAGCAAAUGCUCAACUUCCCGUCUGCUUGACAGGUUCACCUCAAAGUAACCUUUUGAGCACAAGUACCGGUCAAAUCGAUAAGAUCGCUUACGAAUCAAGCUCAGCUGUUUUUGUCUAUGAAAGUCAAACAAACGCUGGCUUUGGCUCUUACUCUGAGAAAGAAGCAAAUGAUGCACAACGUCGAGGCAAUUCUCAUACCAAAGUGGUUAGCAUGCAAACUCGCGCAGGUGCAGGUGCUGCCAUUGCUGGUUACCUCUCCGAAAAUGGCAAUUCAUCCGCUCAAAGUACCGUCGAUGGCAGAGUUGUUUCCGCUUUGACCAACGCAGAUGGUUUCUUGGCAAUGGCACCUUCUCUUGCCAACUUGGCUGCUGCAACCAACAAUCGUCGUCUCGUUUUGCAAGUUUCAGCUGCUAGCCAAGAACGUGAAGUGAUUUCAAAUAAUUAUUCUUCCGUCCUUGCAGCUGCUUCAACUGUCGGAGAGGAUAUUUCCGUCGUCCUUUCUGCAGGACGUCAAGAAGCUGUUGACAUCGCAUCAAUCGUCUCUUCACCUUCCAUUCAAGGUCAUGUGGCACACGUCUUUGAUGGCGCUUUCGCUGGUCCCCAAUUGGCCAAAUUGAACGCUCCAAACAAGACUGAAGUCAAGUCAGCCUCUUUGUCUGACGCUUUGCAAGCCUCUGGAUAUGAGAAUUUCAUUUAUCAAGGACCUGAAUCUCCUUCCGUCUUGCUCAUUGUGCCCAACGGAUCUCACUUCGAAGCUGCCAAGACAAUCUUGUCUAGCGCCAAUGAAGAGAUUCAAAGCACUUUGGGUUUGAUCGCCGCACGUGUGAUCCGUCCUUGGAGCGAUGAAGAUUUGUUGAAAUUGAUUCCUUCCAGCGUUGAGACUAUUCAUGUCUUGGAUGAAGUUCGUGUUGCCGGUCUUACAGGCGUCUUGUUUGAAGAUGUUCAGGCUACCAUCAUGUCCAACAUCCUUUCAGCCAAAGGUCCAACUCCUAUCGUUCAACCUAUCGCUCUGCACUCUGCAGAACAUUUGAGCGCCGGUCAUUGGAGCUUGUUGCUCAAUGCAGCUGCCACUACCGCUCACAAGUGGCAAUUGGAUUUGGAUACGAUCAAAAAUGUGGAAGUCAAAUCCCUCGAAAGCGAUUUGAUCGAUCAAGCUACUAAGCUUGUCACUUUCAUCGAUCAAGAUCAAUCAGCUACUGCCACAGCCGGAUCUUUGUUCGCUCGUGUCUUCCGUGACCGUAAUGGCAACGUUCAUCAUUCUCGUUUGUUGUCCCGCUUUGACAACUUUACAGCUGGCGGUCUUGUUCGUCAUGACGUUCUUCUCACUGCACCUGAGAAUUCCGAAAGCGCUGCCCAAUACCCAUUGCAGGUCGUUUCAUCGGGUAACCAAAGUAACGCAUUGGUGAUUGGUGAUCUUGCCGCAUUGAAGGGCUACAACGUCUUUGAGUCAUUGAAGGCUGGCGGUGUCGUUUUGAUCAACGCACCUGGCUUGAACGGUUUGGAAUUGGCAUCCAGGUUGCGUGCUGAGGAUAAGCAAACGUUGGCAGCAAAGAAUGCUCGUGUCUACCUAUUGGAUGCACCAAAGGUCGUCGAUGGUAUUCACAGUGCCACAGCCAAGGCAAGAGGUGGCAAACAUCGCAUGGCAUCGAAUGAGGUGCCCAAAGAAACCGCCGCUGUUGUCCUCUUGACAGCCGUGUUGAACAAGUUUGCUCAUUUCAACGCAACUGCUGUCAAGGCUUUGCUUGGUAAAGUGCUCGGAACGGCUCCUUUGGGUGACGAAGGCGUAUCGGGCGUUGUUGAUGGUUACGUUUCAGGCUUGCAAUUGGUUGCAUUCAACAGUGAAGAAUGGAAGAACAGUCAACCAGUGAAUGAAGUGGAAGCAUCAGCUCCUGUUCGUCCAACGCAAUUCCAUUACAAUGCCUUCUCUCCUUUGGCAGACGCUGCUAGCUUGAGUGCUGAUCCAAGUGCCGCUCGUGCUACAUGGACUUUGCCUGCUUGGCAAACAAUGUUUGGUGAAGCGUACAAUACCGAUCACAAAUCUUUACGUCCCGAUUUGCCAGAAGAUAAUUACGUCUUGACCGUAACGGAGAACCGUCGUUUGACUCCUCUCGAUUAUGAUCGUAACGUGUUCCAUAUGGAACUGUCUACUGCUGGUACUGGACUCAAGUACGAAGUUGGUGAAGCAUUGGGUAUUCAUGGUUUGAACGAUGCUGAUGAAGUUCGUGACUUCAUUUCUUGGAGUGGAUAUGAUCCAGAUGAGAUCAUUAGCGUUGCAAGUCUUUCUGACCCAACACGCUAUGAAAGUCGUACCGUAUUCCAAGUAUUACAACAACGUCUUGAUAUCUUCGGUAAGCCUGGCAGAAGCUUUUACGAGACUUUGUCUAAGUUGGCAACGGACGUUGAUGAAGCAAAAUGGUUGCGAUUCGUUGGUUCAGCAGAAGGUCAAAGUACGUUCAAGAAAUUGUCUGAGAUUGAAACUGUUACGUAUGCAGAUGUUUUACGAAUGUUCCCAAGCGCACGUUUACCUUUGGAUGUCCUUUUGACUGAAGUUGAAGCUAUCAAACCACGUCAUUACAGUAUCGCAAGUGCACAAUCUUUCGUUGGUGAUUCCGUUCAUCUUUUGAUUGUUACCGUUGAUUGGCGUACGCCAAGCGGUAGUCCAAGAUACGGUCAAUGUACACGUUAUCUGGCCAACUUGAAGGUGGGAGAACAAGUGACUGUUUCACUCAAGCCAAGUGUGAUGAAACUCCCACCGUUUACCACUCAGCCGAUCGUGAUGAGUGGUUUGGGUACCGGAGCUGCACCUUUCCGUGCUUACAUUCAAGCAAGAGCCGUUCAGAAACGUCAAGGUCAUGAGAUCGGACCGAUGAUUUACAUCUUUGGAUCACGUUACAAGCAUGCGGAGUAUCUGUAUGGAGAAGAGCUUGAAGCGUACGAGAAGGAUGGAAUUGUGAAAGUAUUGACUGCAUUCAGUCGUGAUCAAAAGCACAAGAUUUAUAUUCAAAAUCGAAUUGAACAAAAUCAAAAGGAUAUUUUGGAUCUUUUGAUUCCGGAAAAAGGAGCUGGAGAAGAACGUAAAGGAUUAUUCACCCUUUGUGGACCAACUGAUCCUUUGCCAGACGUUCAAGAAGCUUUGAUUAAAGGAUAUAUGUCCAAGACUGGUAAAUCCCAUGCAGACGGUGAAGCAUGGUUAGAAGAAUUAAAGGAAGAGGAAAGAGCAGUGUAUGAGGUGUACUGAUGUGGUGCCUUUUAAAUAUGGAUUUGUUUUGUCUUGUUGCCAUUCAGCCAGUAAUAUUAUGAUUGCUUUUCUUCUU